AUGAGCAGUUCUGAAUCUGAAGAUUGGGAAUGUCCCCUCUGCAUGGAAGAGAUGGACAUUGACGAUCGCGGUUUCUUCCCUUGCGAAUGUGGAUAUCAAAUUUGUCGUUUCUGCCACAAUCGAAUCUCUGAGGACUACGGCGGGCGCUGUCCUGCCUGCCGCCGACUAUACGCCGAGCAGACGCCGCGAUGGAAACCAAUAUCACCAGCACAGGUUGCCAAAAUCAAAAAUGAAAAGAAGGCAAAGGAGCGAGAAAAGCGAGAGAUUGAGAGCAACAACCGAAGGCAUCUGGCCAACGUCCGGGUGGUCCAAAAGAACCUGGUUUAUGUCAUUGGCCUCCCCACAAGCCUCUCGACCGAGGAGCAUCUACGCAGUCAAGACUACUUUGGCCAGUUUGGUCGCAUCAACAAGAUUGUGAUCAAUCGCCGACAGACCGGAAGCAACUCGCAUCACCCGACUGUCGGCGUGUACGUCACCUAUGCUACUAAGGAGGACGCGACAAAGGCUAUAAACGCCGUCGAUGGGAGCAUACUCGAAGGCCGGGUCCUCAGGGCCACCUUUGGGACCACCAAGUACUGCUCGUACUACCUGAGGAGCAUACCGUGUCAGAAUCCCGGCUGUAUGUAUUUGCACGAGCCAGGUGAGGAGGCUGACAGUUUUACCAAGGAGGAUCUGGCAGCAAACCGCGCCGGAUUGCGCGAGGGUCACGAAGACGAGUUUGACCAAGAAGAGGAGCUUCAUCAGCCCGUAGUCUGGUUGCCAACCACUCGCCCAACGCGCACCUGA